AUGGGCGACGUGAGCAGAUCCGACGAUGCGAUCCAGUCAUUCCUCGACACCUUCGAACAGAGCCGACCCAGCGCCUCGCACCACAUUCCAGACGCGCGCGUCUCCUGCUGCUGCGGCAACCCCGACUGCGCUUACCUCAAGCACAGCCAGAGCGCGUUGGACGGCCUGGAGCGUUCGGUACACGAUGCCGCGAGUCUAGGAAAGGUACGUCCACGUUUGAUUGCGCACUUGGCGCGCCGAAGGGGGAGGGGAGGUGACAACACACCACCACGUGCUCGGAUCGCGCUGUUGCGGUUUGGCUCGUGGUCGCCUUCACCCUGGUUGCUUGCGUCGAACAUUCGACUGAGGCGCGCCUGCCCUGGAGAAUCCCUACAAUCACGCCCAACAUGGCGCCGCUCCCGGCGAAGCACAAUGCGGGAACAUCGUCACUAAUGUUCUCCCUACAGGCCCUACUCGUGCGGCAUGAAGCCUACAUCGCGGACUCUGAACGAGAACGGAAAGCUAUGACCGCGCAAAUCGAAGAGCUGGAGUCAGAGAAGCAGACGUUGGAGAAGAAGAACGCGACAGCUAUCGAGGAGAACCGAAACCUCCUGGACCAGCUCGAGACUUUGAACAAUACCGUGACCGAGUCAGACGCUCAGGUCAUUAACCUCCAGGCGACCCUACGCUCCACCCAACAGGAGCUACACAGGCUUUCUGGUCUGGCUGCCAGGACGGAGAGGCUAGAGCAACAGCUGGCGGAGUUUGAGAGGGAGCAGGCGUCAUGGCAUGCGACGAUUGAAGAGAAGGAAUCUUCCGAGAAAUUCGCAAUCAAGAGAUGGCAGCAAGCGGAGCGGACGUUGUCUGGUUUGCAGGAGGAAAUGGAACGAAUCGAGCGUGAAGCAAAGGAAGAGAAAGAACGGCAUGUGGAGGUUAUUCAACGUAUGGAACGGAAAUAUGCUGUGGAGAAAGAGUUGGACUCCGCGGCCGGAAGGCUCAAGGGUGCUGCAGCGUUGAAAUCAGGAGCCAACGACUCAAGCUCGCCCAAUGUGGUGUCGCACUUUGUCAAGGACAUUUUGCAAGACAAUGCGAACCUCCAGAUGGGUAUCGUUGAGCUGCGCGACAUGUUGCAAACAUCUAACGAGGAAGUGGAGACCUUACGAAAACAGCUUUCAGUCCACCAGCCGAUCGUCGAAGAGGCAGACAUUGCGCAGCCUACGCCGCAACCUACUCGUCCGCAUCUUAAGGAGGAAAUGCGCAGAGCGACUGCUUCGGAGCUUCACGUCCACCACCACUACCAUGCUCCUCCAGCUACCCAGAAGACGAACACUGUCCGGCGAUCGCGAUCGAAAAAGAAACGUUACGGGUCCUUGUCUGGUCACUAUACACCAUCUUCGGGAACAAGCACGCCGCGCGACUCCUAUCCCUACGGUACGCCGUCCACAAUAGCAGCAAUACUGUCACAGACUGCCGCCAGUCUGCCGGAUACCGUCAGCAAGCGAUCGUCACUGCAAUCGAACCAUACCUACCAAUCAAUGCGUGACUCUUCGGGGCCCAGCUCGCCCAUAUCGACCCAUCGGGCCUCUUCGCUCUUCGAUCGCGUCUUCAGUGAUCCCGGUCAAGAAUCAUCUCGACCGACGACGCCUGACACGGAAGAUCCUGGCUCGCCGGUUUGGGCUCCAGCCCAUUCCAAGCGGGCUUCGAAGAGCUCUUACCAUAGUCGACAUGCGUCAUUUUCGUCCCAUCGCAAUCGACCCUCACUCGAUUCAAUACUGGACAUGAGUAGCGAGGACCUGCGCCAGCUGGAUCAACAACAGACAUCGGAAGCUGUCAUACCCGAGGAAGAUGAGCAGGACUGGGAGAACACCAGCUCCCCAUCUCCUGACCGGGAAUUCAGUGCCACCACUUCUCCUUUCUCCGAAGACCUCGAUCUCACUCCUCAGCAACGGCCACGGCCUCCAAUCAGGCGCGCAACCUCUCACGAGUCUAUUCUGUCGUUCUCGGGCAUGGACAUACACACUCUCAAGUCACGACCCUCGCAAUUACUUACUCCGUACAGUGGCUCUUACACCCCGCAGGCUGUCAUUAGCGAUGCGACCGCGCAUGCAGCACGUCCGGCAGCCCUCUCGAAGCCUACAAACAGUGGUCAAAGGCUUCUGUCUGGUAUAGCGCCUUCCCAACGGCGCGCGAAUGGGCAGGACCCGUCUGGGAAGCAAGGCCUUGGCAGCAAAGUUGGAGGCUGGGUAUUCGGAAGAUGGGGCGCUUCUCCCGCACCCGUAGCAAUAACAGAUUCGGCUACCGUUGCCGCCCCGAAGAUGGGUCGGUCUGUGAGCGUGGCCUCGGGAAGCACUGACAAGUCGGGCGAUUCGCAGACGCCAAAGAAACCUCCUAAGCAUAGGCCGCCGGGUAUCAACCAGACUGGACCUAUCAUUGGCUUUGCGCCGGAGAUCAAGGUGCAGCAUCCCCCGAUCAUGAACAAGUUCGAUCUUGAUGCGAUGAAGAAGGUGCUUGGAGAUGAGCAAUGA